AUGGGCUUUGGAGGAGUUCAAGUAUCCUCUCCAGCUGAAAAUGCCAUUGUGAGGGAUCCUCUGCGUCCUUGGUGGGAACGCUAUCACAUCAUUUCGUACAAACUUGUAACGCGAUCUGGGAAUGAGGAAGAAUUUGCCGAUAUGUGUACAAGAUGCAAUAAAGUCGGAGUUCGUAUCUACGUUGAUACGGUUAUCAACCACAUGGGUUCUCUUCCGAAUAUGAUUGGAACUGGAGGAUCAACAGCAGAUGGACCUAGCAAGUACUACCCAGCUGUACCCUACAACGUUGAUCAUUUUCAUACAUCUUGCCCAAUAGAGAACUGGCAAGAUGAAUAUGAAAUUCGUUAUUGUGAAUUAUUCGGUGCUCCUGACUUGAAUCAGGGAAUGGGCUAUGUCAGAACUACAAUUGCGGAGUACAUGAAUCACCUGAUACGUCUCGGAGUAGCUGGUUUCCGUAUUGAUGCAGCUAAGCACAUUAGUUCUUCUCAUUUAUAUUUUACAACUAUUGAUUUAACAUACUUAAACGACUUAAAUCCAGAUCACGGAUUUCCCGCCAGAACAAAACCUUUCAUCUACCAAGAAGUCAUAGACUUUGGCUGGGAUGCUGUUUCAAAGUACGAUUACACCUACAUAGGUACGGUAACGGAAUUUAUGUAUUCAUACUACAUCAGCCGAGCCUUCCGUGGUAACGAUUUACUGAGGAAUUUAGCAACUUGGGGACCAACUUGGGGUUUCCUAAACUCCUCAUAUGCUCUUGUUUUUGUUGAGAAUCAUGACAACGAACGCGGUGACGGAGCUGGAGGGCAGGAGAUUCUCUCCUACAAGGAUGGCAAGCAAUACCGUAUGGCCGUUGCUUUUGCCCUAGCUCACACCUAUGGCAUCCCACGCAUUAUGUCCUCCUUCGCCUUUACCGAAAGGGAUAUUGGCCCACCCAUGGAUUCAAAUGAGAACAUAAUCUCACCCAGUAUUUACCCGGAUGGAAGUUGCGGAAACGGUUGGGUGUGUCAGCACAGAUGGAGGCAGGUAGUCAAUAUGAUUGCCUUCAGGAAUAUUUCGGGGAAUGAAAACAUCACAAAUUGGUGGACCAAUGACAAAAAUCAGAUUGCCUUUGCGAGGCACCAGCGUGGCUUCAUUGCUUUCAAUAACGACGCAAUGAAUAUGAAUGUGAGCCUGCAAACGUCCUUACCGGCUGGAAUCUACUGCGAUGUUAUAUCAGGGAAUUUAGUGGAUAAACUCUGCACAGGGAAGAACAUAACCGUGAGAGGGGAUGGAGUUGCCAGGAUUCUUAUAAUGAAAGACGAAGAAGACCAAGUUGUGGCUUUUCACAUAGACCUCGAAUAA